CUUGUACUACGUAUCGGUCAAGCUAAGCGAGCGAUGGAUACAUGUACAUACAUACAUACAUACAUACAUGCGAAACCCCUGUCAAGGCAUCCAGGUGCGCGGGAAACGUGUCAGUGCCAGCAGCCGCUCGUUGGGGGAACGCCAAGCAUCUGUGUGUCCGUCUUGCAGAACUCGUCCAUGCAUGGUGCGUGGCGCCCGGCCUGCUACCCUCGAGGCGAAUGAACGGAGAAGCCAAAGGCAAGUAGGUAGGCAAGUGUCUGAAAAAUCUCUACGACGAUUACUCGACCCCCCGCCCCCCUAUUGUUCCUCGGCAGGUGCUCGGCGUCGGAGUUGCCCAUGGGAGAGGUAUGGACUAGUGGCUUUGAAAGUGUGUGCCUGCUUGUCCCAUUUGUGGAAUUUCUUUCUUGGUUUGUUCGCCUCGGCCGUCCUGUCCCGCAUGUCAAUGAUGCUUCCCAUCCUUGGCCGCGGCCUAUAUCUGGCGAUCGCUGAAAGCGUGUACUCAAUGAUAGGUACCUCAUCACAAACAGUGCAGGCAGUCAAAGCCUGGCGAGCUACAUUUGACCGGCGCCGUCGUUCAAGUUGUCCUCACUUCAUGAGAUAAGAUGGCUUUGAGGCGGGAGCGGUCCUUUCACUGUCCUG